UAUUUCAGAUAAGGGAUCCCAUUGAAAAUGACUGCGUCUUAAAAGGAAAAAAAAAUAAAGGUGCCAAAAUAUAGUUGUGAGAACAAUUCAGUUAAAAAUGUACACAUUUGACGGACAUGUGACAGAAUUUAGUACAGAUCAGGAUUACAAUAGCCGGAGCCAUUGUUCGACGAACUCUCGUCAGUUUUCUGUCACCAGUCUUUUGAGAUUGGGCCACAAAAGACGGACCUCCGGUUCCGACCAGGAUCUUGAUUCGACUGAAGAAACAUCAUGUGAAGAGAAGCUAAAGAAACCAAGAAGAAAUAGAACAACUUUUACAACAGCACAAUUAGCAGCAUUAGAAAAAGUUUUUGAAAAAACACAUUAUCCAGAUGCGUUCGUCCGAGAAGAUUUAGCAACUAGAGUUAGCCUUAGUGAAGCCAGAGUACAAGUAUGGUUCCAAAACCGUCGCGCCAAAUUUCGAAGAAAUGAGAGAAGUCACAACUUCCAACAAACCACUUCGACAAAGCUACCUAGCAAGGCAUCUCCGGUUUCUUUAAAAUCAGACUUAUCCGAAAAAGCAUUAUUUCCAUACCAAAAUCCAGCGACAACAAGUCAUUCUACAACACAUCCACACCCAGAUCUGCAAUACGUAAUGCCAUGGAAGUGCUCUUACUCACAAUAUAACCAACAUGAUCUCUACACGAAUAAUUUUAACAACCUUCCGAGUCAAACUUGUAGUUUUUUAUCAAAUUCCCAUUUUAAUUAUGGAAGUUUAUCGUCUAAUCCUAUGUGCAAUACUUUAAAUAUGUCGUCUCUGAGGUAUAGACCACAAGACUUUAGUUUAUAAAUUUAAAAUACAGUAUAACUCUUACAGUUUACGUUAAGUGCAAUGUAACAGUUAACUGUUAACAAUUACCUCUUUCCAAUUAUUCGAAAUGCAGAAUAAAACUCACACGUUACAUAUUUUCUGAAAUAUCGUCAAAGAUUUAGCGAUUAAUUGCACUUUUAAAUAUCACCGUAAAAGUUUACUCUUACCUGAGUUUUAAUAUAACAAUCUUCGGUAAACUAAAAUAUACCUUUACCUUACCUGAUACUUAAAAUAGGGUGUAACAGUUAACAGUUGUCUAUUAUUUUUUUACAUAUUUUCUCAGAUUCAUCAAUUAGAAUGUAUUAUAAAAUCAGCAGGUACUGGUUAUCUUUUUAUACUUUUAGCUAAAUUGGUUAUGUGAAAUAUUGUGUAACAGUUAAGAUAUGGUCAACUAUUAACUGUUUCUGAAACGGGUGUUUUAACAUUCACAUGUUAAAAAAAACAAAAAUGUCCCUCUAAGCUCAGACAUAUUUAAAUUAAAAUGUGUAAUCUAAUAUAAAAGUUUGUUUUAUAAUAUUAAGAUAUACUGUAUACUGCGUGAUAAUGCCAAAUCAAAUUUAAAGUUCGAUCAAG